AAAGUCAAAAGCGGCAUCCGCCAGCUUCGCCUCUUCAGCGCCGAGGAGUGCGCCAAGAUCGAAGCUCGGAUCGAGGACGUCGUGUCCCGGGCGGAGAAGGGGCUCUACAAGGAGCACACGGUGGAUCGGGCGCCGCUGCGGAACAAGUAUUUUUUUGGGGAGGGCUAUACCUACGGGUCUCAGCUGCAGAGACGAGGCCCCGGCCAGAUUCCCGAGGGCUUUGUGAACAGUGCCGUCAUCAACGACUACCAGCCGGGGGGCUGCAUUGUCUCCCACGUGGACCCCAUCCAUAUUUUUGAGAGGCCCAUCGUCUCCGUCUCCUUCUUCAGCGACUCGGCGCUCUGCUUUGGGUGUAAAUUCCAGUUCAAACCCAUCAGGGUCUCGGAGCCCGUUCUCUUCCUGCCCGUGAAGAGGGGAAGCGUCACGGUGCUCAGUGGAUAUGCAGCCGAUGAAAUUACACACUGUAUUCGACCACAGGACAUCAAGGAGAGAAGAGCUGUCAUCAUUCUUCGAAAAACAAGACUAGAUGCACCUCGAUUGGAAACAAAAUCCCUGAGUAGCUCUGUGUUGCCACCAGGUUAUAACUCUGACCGUCUGUCGGGGAGCAACCGGGACCAGAUCCUGAAACCAAAGCGGUCCCAUCGCAAAGCAGAUCCCGAUGCUGCUCACAGGCCACGGAUUCUAGAAAUGGAUAAAGAGGAGAACAGGCGCUCAGUCCUCUUACCAAAACAUAGGAGACGGAGCAACUUCAGCUCUGAGAACUAUUGGCGAAGGUCUUACGAGUACACGGAGGACUGUGACGAGGAAGAGGAGGACGGCAGCCCAGCCAGGAAAGUUAAAAUGAGGCGACACUGAGGAUUGCACUUUCCAGGCUCAUGGAGCUGAUGAGAUUGGCCUCCAGUCUGUGAAAACUUUCUCCUCCCUCUGGCUAUCUUCCAUCUAAGCUUCAGUUUUGGUUUUUCCUUUCAGGCUGAAGAGUAAACAGGAAGGAUCUAGCGAUUUGUUUUUAUGAAUGGAGGAAUGCUGAGACAUAUGUAAGGAUGGAACAUGUCCAGUGCACAUGGUGUCCUGAGUCAUGGGUCAAACGGGCAUCUCUCUCUUAGGAAGCAGAUAAAGUUAUGCCAGGCUGUCUGGUGGGAUUUCUUUUGAAAACACCAAAAAGUUUAACUGUUUCAUUGCGCAAGAUUCAAGAAUUGUGUUUUUUGUUUUUUUGCUUUAACUUUCUUCCUUUCCAAAUGUUCUAAAUAUGAUGUUUGACCCCAGGAGCUGAAACUCUCUGUGGUGGCCUCAUAUUCCUUGCUUCACCAAAGGGCUCCUUGGUCUGCU